GCCAGGUCGACGGCUGAGAAUCUGCACUGUAACCCACCUUUGGAUUGGGAUUGAUUGUGCUCAAGGCUCACAAGCUUGAGAUCUGUACAAUAGCGAUAGCAUCUUCAGUCUCCCACCAUGGCUUCAUUAGUACAACGUCGUAUGCUUUCAAAGGCGGACGAGGAGGCAGCGGACGAGGUUGAGGUUCGACGUGAGGACCAGGACAAGAUCAACAGAUUCAGUCGCCUACACCAGCGAGAAAUCCUUUUGGAGGAGGAACUGAGCACAAAAACCAAGGAAAAGGAAGAGCUCGACGAUUUGUCCACCGAACUUGAACUCGCCGACGAGGACGAAAAGAUCCAAUACAAGAUUGGCGAUGCAUUUUUCCAUGUCUCGGUAGAGCAGGCUCAGGAGAUGCUGGAGCAGGCAACAGAGAAGCUCGAGGAAGAGUCAACAUCUUUGGAGGAGAAGCUAUCAUCUAUCCGCGAGGAGAUGACCAAGCUCAAGGUCGAGCUAUAUGCCAGAUUCGGAAAGCAGAUCAACCUAGAGACUUGAACAAAGAAAGUCGAAGCCUGAUACCCCCUCCAAAGAAACCAAAAAAGCCACACCGAUUCAGCCGGAAGAAUUCUUAUCCAGUCUCCCGUGAAUGCAGCAAUUCUUCUGCACAUAGCAACGUUUGCGGGCAACCUUAUUUGUAAUCCCAUUGGGGGUCGCCGGUCACGCACUCCGGUAUCGAGAGCCGGGUCAGCAACUUGCAUGUCUAUGGAAGAGCUCACCUCCUUAGUCUUGUGUCCGGUGGCUAUUCCCGGUUUAUCGGUCACCAAGAACCACUUCGAUCAACCCCAACUUUGAUGACCAAACAACACCGAUUCGCUCGCUCUUUGAGUUGAUUGAAGCUAAUGCGGGACCAACCCUCCAGACUAUCGAGAAUUGAGCUGUAGUACCCUGGGAACUGCUCCGGGGAACGAUAACAAAGGUUCUCAUGACGCCCUGCGACCUCCCCUCACCUGCGGAAGAGGC